ACGGGCUCUGUUACUGAACUCUCCAUCUAUCAUCUGAUUCCUGACUCGAGUGAGGAGCUGCUCUCCACAGACAGAGCAGUUCAGUUCAGUUCGGUUCGGUUCUCCUGCAGGUGCUGACAGAGAUGAGAGGAUGUCCAAACUAACAGCUCGAGCAGAUCAUACAUGACCACCAGCAGAGAUCUCUCAAACUGCUUCGAUAUUCACUCUUGAUCUCAGUUCCUCCGCGGUUCUGCUCGUAUUCAAGCACAUCUUCAUGAACUACAUCUGAUUUAAACUCGAGGAAAUACACCAGACAUCUCCGGUUCAUCUGAGGCGCUCUGAAAACACUGCACAGGACUGAAAGAUGAAGCUGGCUGGAUUCAUGCUCCUCCUCGUCAGUUCAGCGGCCUCCAUCAAUCUCAAAUACAUCACCAAGAGGAACUCAGUGGACGGCUGUAUUGACUGGUCGGUGGAUCUGAAGACGUACCGUGUGUUGGCCGGAGAGCCGCUGAGGGUGAAGUGUGCUCUCUUCUACAGCUACAUUCGCACCAACUACAGCGUGGCCCAGAAUGCCAAGCUGCGGCUCAUCUGGUACAGGAACAAGGGCGACUCGGAGGAGCCCAUCAUCUUCGCGGGUCACCGGCUGAGUAAAGAGGGAGACUCCAUCUGGUUCCGCUCCGCAGAGAUGGAGGACAAUGGAUUUUACACUUGUGUGCUCAGAAACUCCACGUACUGUAUGAAGGUGUCCAUGUCUCUGAUGGUGGAGGAGAGCGAGGAGGGACUGUGCUUCAGCAGUCGAAUACGUUACCAGGAGAGCGCAGAGAUCACCAAGAGCAAGAUGAUCCGCUGCCCUGACAUCGACGACUAUCUGGCGCCCUACAAGCAGCCCAUCAUGACCUGGUACAAGGAGUGUGAGAGGAAAGAGUGGAGGAGCUCCAUCAUCAUCAACACCACCAGUCUCUGGAUCCCGGAGGUGCUGGAAGACGACGGAGGAAACUACACCUGUGAACUCAAAUAUGGCAGCAGAGUUGUGCGACGGACCACAGAGCUCAAAGUCACAGCACUUCUCACAAGCAGACCACCAAAGGUCCUGUUCCCCUCAGAGAGACAGACCAGCGUGAUAGACGUCCAGCUCGGCAUGCGUCUGGUGCUGGACUGCAGGGCUUUCUUCGGCUACAGCGGGGACUCCAGGCCCAUCAUCUACUGGACGAAGGGAGAUAAGUUUGUGGAGGAGCUGGAAGGACACAUACGAGAGAGUGAAGUCAGGGUGGUGCGAGAGUUUCUGGGGGAGAAGGAGGUGGAGCUGUCGCUGAUCUUCGAUGCUGUGGAGGAGACAGACAUGGGUAACUACACCUGUACGGUGGAGAACCACAUCGGCCGAGGCAGCGGGAGCGCCAUCCUGCAGAAGAAAGACAUGUACAGGUUGGAGCUGGUUGGUGGUCUGGGUGCCAUCAUGCUGAUAUUGGGGAUCUUCACAGCCAUCUAUAAGUGCUAUAAUGUGGAGAUCAUGCUGUGCUAUCGACGACACUUCGGCAGCGAUGAGGCAGAUGAUGACAACAAGGAAUAUGAUGCCUACCUGUCUUACACCAAAGUGGACCUGGAGUCGGUGGAGCAUGAGAUGAGCGAGGAGGAGCUGUUUGCUCUGGAGAUCUUACCUGAUGUCCUGGAGAAACACUACGGAUAUAAACUCUUCAUCCCACACCGGGACCUCAUUCCCAGCAGCACGUACAUCGAGGACCUGGCACGCAGCGUGGAGCAGAGCAGGCGUCUCAUCAUCGUCCUGACCCCUGAGUUCGUGGCCCGCCGGGGCUGGAGCAUCUUCCAGUUCGAGCCGCGGCUGCACAGCAUGCUGGUGACGGGCGAGAUCAAGGUGAUCAUGAUCGAAUGCUCGGACCUGCGCAGCGUCAUCAACUACCAGGAACUGGAGGACCUGAAGCACACCAUCCGAGUGCUGUCGCUCAUCAAGUGGUGCGGGCCCAAGAGCAGCCAGCUCAAGUCCAGGUUCUGGAAGCAGGUGCACUACGAGAUGCCUGCCAAGAGAAAAGAGAGCGUGUCCCGCCGACAAGUCCUGGACUCGGGCGAGCAGGGGCUGUUCGGUGACCUGCAGGCCGUAUCGACGGUGGCUAUGACCACCACUUCGGCGUCGCUAGCGCCGGCUCACGUGGAGAUCCCGGACUACAACGAGCCGGGACACCUGCAGAUGCACCACUUCUGCCGCAGCUACGAGUACGAGCUGCCCACGCUCAGCGGCCGACACAUGUACUGCAGUCUGCCCAUGACUCUGCUGAACGGACGGCUGACGCACAAUAACACCGGCAAACCCAAGAAAGACCUUCACUUGAACAGCUCGUUCAUGCCGCUGUCCGGACCUGAGCUUUCCAGUGACAUCUGGUAGAGCGGCUCGGCCAAACAUGGCUUCGCCAGUCUCAUCCCUUCUUCCUUCACAGACAGCAAGCUCCUUUCGGCCCACAUCCGGCAUGGAUUUCAUAUGGGCCAAACGCGGGCCGGAUCUGGGCCGAAAGGGCUUGCUCUGGGAUUCUGACCUGCAUGAGUUCAUCAAAACUACUUAAUGGGUUAUCUGGCUCUCUUCCAGCCUUUAGUGUUUUCAUACUUUGAAGAGCUACUGAUAUUGUUUUUUUACUUGAAUUUGGAGGUAAUUAUGCCAUGUACAGUAUUUCCAUCAAACGCUGCGUCUGCAUUGAUUAAAGGGUUUGUUUGACAUUCUGACUUGGGGUGUUACAGCACAAUAAUGUAAAGACACAUCCGCUCAGAGCUUUAAAGAAUAUUAGGUUCUAUUUAUGCAAAUAAUUCCUAUUCAGAUCUAAUAAGCACAUUGAUAUUGUUUGUAGCUAGUCGAGGAGGUAUUUACAUAUUUGAUACAACUUAUCAUUUGCCUUAUUUCUUGAUCGUUUGGUUAUUUCCUUCCUCAGAAUUCUGUUUGAUGAUGUUUUAUGGAAAGGUGCAUCUUGUUGAAUGGUAUCUCUGGUGUAGGGAUGAAGCGGUUCAGUGCUGGCGAGCACUUUUGAUCAAUACUGAUAUGUAUUUAUUAUGAUUUGAUUGAAUUUGUAUGCAAUGUUGCCCUCUAGAAUGAAAGGUCACACCAGUCAGUGAUUUGGUUGUGUAUACUCACGACUAGUCCUCUGUUUUACUCUUCAGAUACAGUCAUGUGAGGAAGAGGAUGAUUCUGUGAUUAUACUCACAAACCCAGUCACAGGACUCUGGGUUUAGCCCAUAAAUUAUUUGUAAUAUACCUUGCAAAAAAUAAUACUUGUUAUCAGACCAACAAAAUAAAUACAUA